AUGACAGUCACAGUGGUAUAUGAUAACUCUGAGGCGACAGAGCUCUGCGCAGCUCAGCACCUCUACCUCAAGCCUAUAGCAAAAUUAAUGAUCAACGUUUUGCUCCCAGAGUGUGGAGAACCUGUGAGGCCCUUCUCUAACUGGGAAGUUCUUGACCAGCUGAAAAGUCUGAUUUGCCCUGAUCAAUUCACUACGGUUCGACUCUCCAAGAGUACAAAAGAUUUCAUUCGAUUUGAGGGUGAAGCAGAAACUCGAAGUUUGAUUCAGAUCCUGAAGGCAAAGUUACAUGGGAAGAUCAUCAAGCUAAAUGGUUUGAAAACAGACUUAAAAGUAGUUGCUACAGAUGCUCAGGGAGAAUGGGAACAUUUUUCUAAAGAGACAGAGGCCUCAGUGAGUGAUGGAGCUGAAGAGCAGGACCAUGACAAGAGUCCUGAUUCCAUAUAUUUUGAAGGCUUGCCCUGUAAGUGGUUUGCACCUAAAGGCUCCAGUGGGGAGAAGCCAUGUGAAGAGAUCCUUCGAGUAGUCUUUGAAAGUUUUGGGAAGAUCAAGAAUGUGGAUAUCCCUAUGCUUGACCCCUACAGAGAAGUGAUGACUGGCGAUAGCUUUGGGGGUUUUAGCUUUGGCUUGCAGACUUUUGAGGCCUUUAUACAAUACCAGGAGUCAACUGACUUUAUAAAAGCCAUGGAGUCCCUUCGAGGGAUGAAGCUGAUGCUUAAAGGAGACGAUGGAAAGGCUCUGGCAUGUAACAUUAAGGUUAUGUUUGAUACAACCAAACACUUCAGUGAAGGAGCUAUAAGGAGGAGAAAUCAAGAAAGGCUAAAAUUACAAGAGUUGGAGGAAGAAAAGAAAAAAGAAAAGAGAAGAGAAGAGGAAAUAGCUGAAAGAAAAAGAAAAGAUGAAGAGAGGAGAGCUCAGGAAAAAAGGAAGAAGGCCAGGCUCAGGAGGCAAGUCCUGAAGGAAAGGGAUAGAAGCCGGCCAAGGAAACUGAAGGUGAAAGCUAAACCUGAGGCACCCCAGGAGCCUGACUCUUCAGAGGAGUGGGAAGAGAGGAAGUACUUGCUGGCCCAGAGGCGAGUUGAGGCUCUUCGCUUGCUACCAGUACUCCUGAAGAAUAUUUCCGUAAGGCUGUUUCCAAGUUGCUCUUCAGUGUUGGGAUCCACACAGUUUAAUCCACGGGAGGUUGAUAUUACAGACCAGGAAAUGAAUUACAUUCCAAGUACUACAUUGAGCACUGUGGAGGAAGGAAAGUUAAACACUCAGCAUCUUCUAAAUCAAGAAGAAAUGCCAGAAUAUCAAGUUACCAAAUCAGACAACAAAGGAAAACAAACCAAGAAGAAAAGAGCUAGAGCUUACUUACAUAAAUCUUCUAACUGCCCUAGAGGAAAAAAGUUGAGCUCUUCUAGUGGAAAAGGGAGAAGUAAACUAUUAACUGUUGGAUACAAUUACAGUUUUAUUUCAGACCAGAAUUCCCUGCAGAUUACCAUGAGUCAAGGUCAGUCUCUUGAAAACAAAGGCUGCCACAAGUCUACUGAAUCCUGUUCUUCCACACUAUCUGAGCUCAACCGUGGAAGGAAACCGAAGAUCUAUGAAACGGACGAAUUUAUUGACUAUCUAUUAAACUACUAUCAGACUCCAGAAUAUGCACGUGUCAUAGGAGCAGAUUAUGUGAUAACAUGUGACUGGCAGAGGGACAUUGAAGCUAAAGGGAAUGGAUUUCAGAUUACUUUGAGAAAACAUGAGUGUCACAGUGAAAAGUUGGAGAGGAGAGAAGAGGCUCAAGAAGAUGAUUACUGGUUAAGAGUCUGUAUUGAAGAUCCUGAACAUAAACCACAGAAAAGUAAAAAAGUGGAUUAUACCAAAGAAUGUGUACCAAAUGCAACUGAUGAUCCACUGUCUACUGGUAGAGAAUGCCAUCUUUCGGAAAAGAGCCAGGUUCACCAGGAUGAAGAUUUCCAAUCUAGAAGGAAAAAUCAAGUUUCCUCACCCAUCAGUUCAGGAGGCUUUGAUUUGCAGCUGACAGAUUUCUUGGAUGAAGCUGGUGAGCCGCUGUCCCCAAUUGAAGGAGAGCGCCCUCUGUUGGAAAGCAGUUACAUUUACCAGGAUGAAGAUGUCCAAUCAAGAAGGAAAAGUCAAGUUUCCUCACCCAUCAGUUCCCAAGGAUUGGAUUUGCAGCUGUCAGAUUUCUUAGAGGAAAUUAGCAGUGAUUCUGAAUGCUUCAGUGAAAUUCUCAGCGUGAACAAAGAAGAAAGCGAAGAAUCUGAGGCCAGCUAUCCUAAGACUGCUGAAAAAGGAACUCUUGACACUGAUGAAAUAAUCCUUGGCAAACAAAAACCAAGGUUAAGUCAGCAGACCUUGUAUUCCAAGUGGAAGCAUGAGAAUGAAGAAAAAUAUUCAAAAUACAAGCUUCCACCACAAAGAAAGAGGGAAAAAUAUGAACUGAGAUAUUCAAGGCUUACAGAAGAACGCACUUUCAGUAUGGAUGAGAACAGUAGCAGAAAAAGGAGACCCCUAGCCAUCAAGCACUGCUUUGGUGAAGGCUCUUAUCCUGAAUACAGUUACGGUGACCAAUUAGAGGACAUCAGAAGAAAGAAGAGGAGGGUGAGUCAUAGUAUCUUGGACCAAGAAGGAAAUUUUAGACCAUCUCACAUGCCAAUAAUGCCAUUCACAAAUUCCAGUGCUUACUAUUUGGAAUAUUAUCCCCAAAGAAGAGAGAGUCCUAUGCAGUCAGCAUAUAGUCAAGAUGCAAAAAGGCUUAAAAGAUAUGACAAUUCUAAAGAUUUCAUGUUUGAUUGUGAUAGUUAUUAUAUUACACCUGGCAGACAGAAGUACACGGACUAUAGAAGAUAUUUAGGAAACAACAGUACUAGUUCUUCCUAUUUUCAAAUGUUUUGA